AUGGCGCACCACAUCGCCAGAGACAUGGCCUACUCCGCCAUAGGUGGUAGCUCCGGCGAGGGUUCGGCUGUUCCCCGGCGGACGACUUCAGCUCCGGCGAGCGCCUUCGAUCUCAGGCGACAAAGUUCUGCUACGCGCAUGUACCGAGAUCCUCCAAUUGUUUUCUCUGAUGCUCCUCCGGCUGGAUCCGCUGCAAAUUGGGACAAGGCAAUGGAAACAGCAAUAAAAGAUGUCUUCCCAAACACAGUGCAUAGGUGCUGCAAAUGGCACGUCCAGCGAAAAGCAAGGGAAAAGUUGGGUAGGAUCCUGAGCAUGGAUGAAAAUUUUGAGCAGGUUUUCUAUGGGGUUAUCAAUGAUUCGGAGACGGUGGAUGAGUUCGAGGAGAAUUGGCAGCAUAUGCUGCAUUGCUUUGAAUUGGUUGACAACAGACAUCUAAGCAACAUGUGGCGUAAGCGAGAGACAUGGGCUCCAGCAUACUUCCGAAAGAACUUCUUCCCAUUUACAAGCACUACAGGGCGGUCUGAGGGUCUCAACUCCUACUUCAAGACAUUUGUCAACCCUCAAGACUCUGUCUGGAGAUUUGUACAACAAUAUGAGGUGCUUCAAGAAACAAUGUUGGACCGUGAAGACAAUCAAGCUUUCAUAGGCCACGCAACAACUGCGCCACUUUACUCAAGGUACAACUUUGAGCGCCAAGCAGUUCACUUCUAUACCCGAAGCGUGUUUCUCAAGUUUCAAAAAGAGGUCAUGGCAUCAACAGGCUUCAUCAUGAACCUGGCCCCUGCUCUUGACAAUGCAAGCGUGAGGUUUGAGCUGCACUCAAAUUACUUUGAGAACCCCCGAAUAUUUUCAGUGAAUGUUGUGUUGGCAGAGGAGAAGUUUGAAUGCAGCUGCAACUGUUUUGAGAUGAAUGGGAUUAUUUGUGCACACAUCAUAAGGGUAAUGGUGCAUCUCAAUGUCCAAAAAAUUCCACAAAGAUACAUGCUAGAGAGGUGGUCAGAAGCUGCGACAACGGCAAUGAGCGGUGGUGGAUGUCUCCUAGAUUUUGGGCACCCUGCAACCAACACUCUCAAGUACAACGCCUUGUGCAGAAAGUAUACAUGGUUGGCUUCACAAGCUUGCAGCAAUGAUCUUGCCUACAAAAUAAUGAAUGAUGCAGCUCACCAACUUGAGCCCCUCAUAGCUGCAGCAAAGCAAGGGGCGCUCCCAGAACAGCAGGAAGCAAAUCAGCCGCAAGCAAUGCAACAGCAACAACAAACCCCCGAGCCAACCACUGUGCCGCAACCUGAUGGCGAUGCCAUGCUUCAGAACCCCGCACGUGUUCCAAAAAAAGGGCGUCUGACUGAAAAAUCAAAGAGGAGAAAGACUCUGCUUGAGCAACGAGAAGAUGCACAUAAGAAUAAAGCUAAGAAAGAUGAAAAGAAGCAAACCAAGCCCAGAGGAAAACCUGGACCAAAGAAGAAAGCGCCUCCUUGUUCGUACUGCAACGAAGAAGGUCACGGUGUCCAAACAUGCCAGUACUUGAAGGCUGUAAUGGGGGUCAAAAAAUGUCCCUACUGUGAAGAGCAAGGUCAUGCUGUGCAAGAAUGUCCCUACCUAAAAGCUGCAAUGAAGACAGAUGCUAGCAUGGCUAGAGCAACAGAGCUUAGGCUGUGA